AUGUAUAUUUUUAAUUACUGUCUCCGAAGUAGAAUUAACUCUUCAAUAUUUUCUUCAGUGAAACGGUCUUAUACCUUGCACUUAAGAACUUCAGUAAUUCAUAACAAUCGCAUGUUACUACCUGCCAAUCGGUUUCCCGGAUACUUAGUGCCAGAUCGCUGUUUUAUGAAAAAGAUGGGCAUUUACGAAGUGUACAAUAAAAAAGCCGUUCAAGACAAGGUUUCACCAUCAGAGUAUGAACUAAUUUACAACGGCACUGGCGAGAUGUAUGCACGCUGUUUGAGUGGAAUUGUGAUCGCUGCCAUUAUAGUCCUGCCUUCAACUUUUAUUAUUGCCUAUUUAUAUAUUUUGUUCACAGAAGGGAAAAUUGAUUUACAGACAUAUUUAGAUAUAUUGCUUAUACCAAACUCAACAUUUGAACUAAUGAUAAUGAUUCCUGCAUUGUUUCUUAUGAAAAUAGUGUCGUACAAUUUUAUUUCUAAAUAUGUAUUGAGAAUUUACAGACACAACACAAAAAGACAGUAUGUGGGUGUGUACAUAAAUCCAAUUUUACCGUGGAAAAAUAUAACAUGCACAUUUGAAAAAGCUAUUAAAUUGCCGGAUAGUAUAAAUGUUAUCAUUCCUUGGCACAAAGAGUAUUAUCGACUAGCUGGACACAAGUCAAUUAUCCUAAGAGAAAGGUUCAAAAGGCCUGUAGAUUAUGACAGAAUGCUUGGUUUAGUAAAGACGUUGGAUGAAUGA